AUGUUGUCAGUCAACGAUAUUGUCGUUCUUCCCGUCUCCUGGGAUCAUCAAGAUAGUGUUAAACUCCGUACCACCCAGCGAACCGAGAUUACCACCCUCGGAGGUGUAGACCCCGGCACUCCACCAUCAGCCGCUGACAUUCCAAUCUUUCUGGUUGCUUAUUGCGCUGGCGUUCCAGUCGGCUGCGGCGGCCUACGCCCACUGUCUUCAUUAGAUAGUGCACUCAGCAAUGCUGCUGAAAUCAAGCGAAUGUUUGUUGACCCAUCAUACCGAGGGCCGAUAAGUGGGAACAAAGGCUUGAGUCUUUCCAUUGCGGAAUUGAUACUCAACAGGUUGGAAGACGAGGCGUUAGAAAGAGGCUGGUCGACGUUGCUAUUGGAGACUGGUACCUUUUUGGUGAAAGCAAGACGCUUCUAUGAAAAACGUGGGUUUAUUCAACGCGAUAUGUUUGGAAACUACAACGAAGCAGACAACAGUGUCUGUUACGAGAAGCGGCUUGAUCCAAACCUAGUGGCGCCCGUAUCCUCGUAA